CCUGAGUAAUAUCCUGCCAUUCUCUGGAGGUCUUAGUUCCUCUUUUCUUUGUGAACAGUAUUCGUUUCUUUUUUGUGUUGUUUUUAUAUCGGUGACUAUCAAAGGAGGACAAUGCUUUUACGUUAUCAUCUCCUGUUUUACGUAUCUGUCUGGGAAUGUAAGACUCAAACCCAACUACUUACGCUUGCACACAUUUCUCUGAAUUCACCAAUUACAAGUGGGUUCCUCCAGUGACACUGCUUUCCCAUAAUGACAGACGACUGCCCAGCUAAUUGUCCUAAAUGGGUUAACAAUGAAACCAGGUGGAUUUUACCCGUCUCCCCAUCUAUUUCCUAUCCUUUAAGACAUAGUAACACCUGGCCAUAUUAUUUGUACUUAAUAAUAAUUAUUAUUUAUUUUUACUGAAAUUCUGUAUCAUUUUGUUUCAGCUGUCAAGUCUGAAGGAGAGAAGACGAAGAGUAAGUGAUGUUAUUUCUAUCAACUUUUAUCUUCUAUGUAAACUCUGUGUUUUUUAAAAUGCAGAAAUUCAAUGUAGAAAUAGAUAUAAAUGCAAAUCAAUAAAUACAAAGUCAGUUUAUUGUUAAAUGACCUCAGAGAAAAUAGCAAAUCAUACAAAAUAGGCAUGUGCAUGGGGAACAUUUUUGGUUCGGUUCGGCAUUCCGAAAUUCGGGACUUUCGCAAUUCGGAACUUCGGCAACUUCGGCACUUCAGCACUUUGACACUUCAAAAGUUCCGCAACUUCGGCAGGGUGGGGGCCCUAAAUAACAAUGGGGGGGGGACCUAUCGUCCUCCCCCCGGCCCCCACUGAGCGGUGGUGGGGGGCCUAAAAGGCCACUCCCAGGUGACUAGGGGUCCCAAACCCCACUUGUCACCCCCCCUCCCCAAAAAAAAUAUCCCCCUACCUACCCUCCUCACCCUAAAAAUUAUGAGGGGGGGGACCUUUAACUAAGUACCUGUAAAAAAAAAAAAAAAAAUCUUACCAUUCGAUGUCUUCUUUCUUCUAAAAUCUUAUUUUUUCAGCCCCAAAAAAGGCCAAAUAAAAAAACGUAUAGGUCCCCCCUUUAUUUUACACUAGGGCCACCACCCGCCGCUCAGUGGUGGGGGUCCGGGGGGAGGACAAUAGGUCCCCCCCCAUUAUUUUACACUAGGGCCCCCACCCGCCGCUCAGGGGUGGGGGCGGGGGGGCAAUAGGUCCCCCCUUUAGUUUAAAAAAACCCCACUCGCACGUCGCGGGUGGGGGCUCGGGAGGGGGACAGGCUGCUUACUGUUUAAUAGACAUGCCCCUACUCGCGGUAUAAUCUUUACUUAGCAUUAGUAAAAUUGUCUGAAAGACCAAUUUAGGUCUUUCAGCCUUUUAGUAGAUAGCUCCCUAAUACCGUGGGCAUUAGGGAGUUAUCUACGUAUUCAUUCCUGUCAUUACAUGAUUACUUGAUUGUUGUAAGUGUUGCAAAUGCUUACAGCUGAAUACUGACUAUGUUUGUAUACUUUUUAUUUAAACUUGUAUACAAUGUAGCAUUCUUCUUUUUUCACUGGGUAAGUAUAUUAGUACUUAGGCAAUACUGUGCUUCAGCACUUUGGAAAUUCUGUAAUUUCAGAACUUCGGGACCUCGGCAAUUCGGCACUUCGGCAAUUCGGACAUUCGGAAGUACCCGAAUGUCCGAAUUUCCCGAAAUACGUCCGAAUUCACAUUCAGACCGAAACGAAUUGCACAUGUCUAAUACAAAAUAACACCAUAACAAUUUGCUUGUAAUAUUCUAGAUUUGGUAUUUUGGUAGAACGUAAUGUAAUCAUUACCCAAAAAAUAUUGCCAUUCUGUCACCAUGUUUUACUAAACGUGAUUACAUUUCCAUCCUGUCAUUUUGAAGAAAAUAUUUAUGUAUUUUACAUUUUUUGUUGUUGUUGGAUAUUUGAAAUGUUAUUUAAGUGUUUAAAUGCAUGUUUAUUCAUGGGAGGUUAAAUAAUAGUUUAGCAAUAUAAAAUACAUAGAGGCGUUCGAGAAUUUGUCCAAAGAUUGCAGUUCCCUUAGGAAUACCUGAUUUAGUAAACAACUACAUAUGUGUGUAUAUACAUAUUCUGUAUGCUAAAACACUGUAGAUUUAUUGGGUCUUCAAAAGUCAACAGGCAAGCAAACAUUCCAAUAUAAAAAUUACUCCCUCUAUAUUACGUAUUCCACUAACACAGUGACACUGUCAAAACCCCCUACACCACACAUUGCACUAACACAGCGACACUGUCAGAACCCCUGUAUAAUGUGAUCCACUAACACGGUGACACUGUCAGGACCCCUGUAUAAUGUGAUUCCCUUACACGGUGACACUGUCAGAACCCCUGUAUAAUGUGAUUCACUAACAUGGUGACACUGUCAGAACCCCUGUAUAAUGUGAUCCACUAACACGGUGACACUGUCAGAACCCCUGUAUAAUGUGAUUCACUAACAUGGUGACACUGUCAGAACCCCUGUAUAAUGUGAUCCACUAACAUAUUGACACUGUCAGAACUCCUGUAUAAUGUGAUCCAUUAACACGGUGACACUGUCAGAACCCCUGUAUAAUGUGAUUCCCUUACACGGUGACACUGUCAGAACCCCUGUAUAAUGUGAUUCCCUUACACGGUGACACUGUCAGAACCCCUGUAUAAUGUGAUUCACUUACACGGUGACACUGUCAGAACCCCUGUAUAAUGUGAUUCACUAACACGGUGACACUGUCAGAACCCCUGUAUAAUGUGAUUCACUAACACGGUGACACUGUCAGAACCCCUGUAUAAUGUGAUUCACUAACAUAGUGACACUGUCAGAACCCCUGUAUAAUGUGAUCCACUAACACAGUGACACUGUCAGAACCCCUGUAUAAUGUGAUUCCCUUACACGGCGACACUGUCAGAACCCCUGUAUAAUGUGAUCCACUAACACGGUGACACUGUCGGAAUCCCUGUAUAAUGUGAUUCACUAACACGGUGACACUGUCAGAACCCCUGUAUAAUGUGAUCCAUUAACAUAGUGACACUGUCAGGACCCCUGUAUAAUGUGAUUCACUAACACGGUGACACUGUCAGAACCCCUGUAUAAUGUGAUUCACUAACAUAGUGACACUGUCAGAACCCCUGUAUAAUGUGAUUCACUAACAUAUUGACACUGUCAGGACCCCUGUAUAAUGUGAUUCACUAACAUAGUGACACUGUCAGAACCCCUGUAUAAUGUGAUCCACUAACACGGUGACACUGUCGGAAUCCCUGUAUAAUGUGAUUCACUAACACGGUGACACUGUCAGAACCCCUGUAUAAUGUGAUUCACUAACAUAGUGACACUGUCAGAACCCCUAUAUAAUGUGAUCCACUAACACGUGACACUGUCAGAACCCCUGUAUAAUGUGAUCCACUAACAUAGUGACACUGUCAGGACCCCUGUAUAAUGUGAUCCACUAACACAGUGACACUGUCAGAACCCCUGUAUAAUGUGAUUCCCUUACACGGCGACACUGUCAGAACCCCUGUAUAAUGUGAUCCACUAACACGGUGACACUGUCGGAAUCCCUGUAUAAUGUGAUCCACUAACAUGGUGACACUGUCAGAACCCCUGUAUAAUGUGAUUCACUAACACGGUGACACUGUCAGAACCCCUGUAUAAUGUGAUUCACUAACACAGUGACACUGUCAGAACCCCUGUAUAAUGUGAUUCACUAACACGGUGACACUGUCAGAACCCCUGUAUAAUGUGAUUCACUAACACAGUGACACUGUCAGAACCCCUGUAUAAUGUGAUUCACUAACACGGUGACACUGUCAGAACCCGUGUAUAAUGUGAUUCCCUUACACAGCGACACUGUCAGAACCCCUGUAUAAUGUGAUCCACUAUGUGAGACUAUCAGACGUUAAACUUAUGUAUCACACAUUCUAUUAACACUAAUACUAAAGUAAAUGUUAAAUUCAUUCCUUUUAAAGGAAGAGCUGAGUGGUUAAAGGGAAACUAUUCUCAUUAAGGUGGUCUGGGUGCCGUGAUCCUGUAAUGUUAGUCCUGCAAUACAAAACAUUUCUGAUUCUUAGAAACUGCAUUGAUUAAAUUUAAAAUGCAUUGUUUAUAUUUUCAUUAAGCCCACUGCUAGUGGCUUAUAAGGCACUAGAGGGACUUCCGGUGCAGUGACCGGGUAAAACUCAGUCACAUGAUGCAGAAUCCCCCCUAGCAAAGCAUUUAUUGAAUGCUUUCCUAUUGGGAAGCUUGAAUGUGAGCGCAUUGCUCACCGCUAUGAGGAGCAUUAGACUGGACCAUUGCAGUGAGGCCAUGCCUCAAUGACGUCGCACGAAGUGGAGAGGUCAGCAGCGCCAAGGGAACCUCAAUGCACACGGGUGGAGGGGUGCUAGGGACAGGCGCACUACACCAUUAGGUAUACAGGUUUUACUAGCGCUAUAGUAUUCCUUUAAAGGAGCCAUUCAUAGCUUAUCACAGGUUUGAUUGCAAGCAAGGUCAAUUAAGCCUAUCAUCCUUUCGAGGUCAUAAAACUGAGUAAUAGCAUUUAGAAACUAGAAACAUGCUAAAUGUAGCAGUCCUGGUUAAACAAUUUCAUAUUUGUUAUUAGUAUUUUCAUUUUUGCAGACAUAACAAGUCUCAAGCUGAUCCCACGAUCCAAUGUAACCAUGAUUGGAAAUACAGAAACCAUUUCCUGCCUUUCCACGGGUGGAUCCGUGCCCAUCACAUACCAGUUGUUCCAUAACAGGAGUAUUAAUGGCAGGAUAAUAUCCACGGAACAGAGGCAAAUCUCAUUUAAUGUCACUAUCAUCGAUACAACCUACUUGGGAACCUACCGUUGUAAAGCAAAUAACACCAGUGCUAUAUACAGCCAGUCAUUUUACUUCACGUUACAAGGUAUGUCACCAUUCUACUAGCUUGUCAGGCAUGGUCAACGGAGUAUUUAAAACCGUCGAGAGCCAUGAACUACAGUCACGAACUUCAUCAACUGCCCAGAACGUAGAACAUGAUAAACUGGAGAGUAUGAACAACAUAAGUACUAUAGUAAAAUCUGCUCCUGAUCUAGGGAUAAAGGGGGCAGGCUCCGGGAUAUUAAAGGUAGUUUUAUACUAUGCCUUCUCCUGCCCUGUGGAUAAGAGGGCAGGUUUUAGUCACUAAUUAUUUUAAGGAAAUUAAAAUGCAUUUUCAGUUUUCACGCACACACGUCCAUCACUACAACAACAAAAAAGCAACUUAUAUCAUUCAUAAAGGUGAAUUUUUGUAAAGUUAGAUGCGUGCAGUAUAAGUAAAGUAUACAUUUAAAGCCCUGACCUGGAUCCGAAUCAAACAAAUAAAAAUAAGAAAGAGUGUUUUUUGUGAGAGGAGUGAAGAGUCAUUUCUUGAAUUUCAUAUGUUGGAAGCAGAUAGAAUGGGCAAGCGAAAAGGUCUGAGUGACUUUCACAAAGGCCAAAUAGUGAUGGCCAGACGACUAGAUCAGAGCAUCUCCAAAACGGCAAGUUUUGUGGGGUGUUCCUGGUGUGCAGUGGUUAGUACCUACCAAAAGGAGUGCCAGGAAGGACAACCAGUAAACUGGUGUCAGGGGCUCAUGUGCGAUCCGAUCACACAGAAGAGCCACUGUAGCUCAAAUUGCUUAAAAAUGUAGUGCUGACCAUGAUAGAAAAGUGUCAGAACACACAGUGCAUCGCCGUUUGCUGCGUAUGGGGCUGCGUAGUCGCAGACCGUAACAAAUGCCUAUGAUGAGCCCUGUCCACCACCACCACCAAAAGAUCCUUCAAUGGGGACAUGAGUGUCAGACUGGACAAUGCAGCAAUGGAAGAAGGUUGCCUGGUCUGAUGAAUCACGUUUUCUUUUAGAUCAGGUGGAUGGCCGGGGCCGUGUGAGUUGUUUACCUGGGGAAGAGAUAGCAGCAGGAUGCCCUAUGGGAAGAAGGCAGGCCGGUGGAGGCAGUGUGAUGCUAUGGGCAAUGUUUUGAGUCCUGGAAUUAACAUGAAUGUUACUUUGAUGUUACAUCCAACCUACCUAGUGAUUGCUGCAGAAAAUGUACUCGCCUUUAUGGCAAUGGUGUUCCCUAAUAGCAGUGGCCUAUUUCAGCUGGAUAGUGCACCCUGCCACACAAUUGUUCAAGAAUGGUUUGAGGAAGAUGACAAAGAGUUCAAGGUGUUGCCUUGGCCUCUAAAUUUUCCCAAUCUCAGUCUGAUUGAGCAUCUGUGGGUUAUUCUUGCUUAACAAAUUCGAUCCAUGGAAGCCCCACCUUGCCACUUGCAGGACUUAAAUGAUCUGCUGCUAAUGUCAUGGUGCCACAUACCACAGAACACGUUCAGAGGUCUUGUGCAGUCCAUGCCUUGACACAACAGAGCUGUUUUGUGUAAAAUGUUUUUUUAUUUUGAAGAUAAGGUAACGUCAGACAUAUUACAUUGCAAUGUAAAAACAUUCGGUUGCCUGCGCAGAGGCUUAAAGAUCAGAGUGAGCGUACAAUGAGAUAGAGUGAUUAUGCAAAUACUUGGUGUGAUCUAGGGCAUUAAAAGCGUAUCUUACAGGCCCAUGCUUGAUUAUUAAGAUGUGUAGUUAAGUUCAAUAGAGAGUAAUCCGUUUUAAUGUAAAAUACAUUUGCUAAUGCAAUAUUCGGAUGCAUUUUCUGCAGUGUAGGUGGCUUUUGAAGGCGUGUAACUGGCAAUUAAUUUAAGUGUAUUUUCAAGUGUGGGUUUUCAGGUCUAGGGUAGGCAUAACGUGUUGGCCCCUGGCUUCGGAAUGGUUAGGCUAUGGGAAAUAUAAAAAGUGCAAAACUCUCCAGAUUCUACUGACCUGUACACGUUGCUGUUCGGGUAUGUUUACAGCUCUUUCAUACGUUGGCUACGGUAAAUGAGUACUUAAUUACACUGAUUUUUUUUUAGAUGUCAGCUCACACUGAAGGUGUAGCAUUUUGUUCUACGCGGGCUGUGUCCGGGUAAUUAAAUUAAGUUGCACGAAGCCCAAGUCUGGGGGUCAGGAGCCUCUUUGUAAUGGGUAAUAAAGGCAGUGUAUGUUUAUGUGUAGUGUGGUCUAUAUGAGGCUAGUAACUGCGGUUUGUUAAGUAACUUUAAAUCAUAGGGUAUUACCAUCCAAAACAUGUCGUAGCAAACUAUUAUAAUAAAGAGAACAAAUGAAGAAAAAUUAACAAAUAAAGAGAAAAUAUACACAUAGUAUGCAUUAUAAACCAUUGCAUGAAUGAGCACUUUAAAAUAUUCCCUUUUUCUUUUGAACUAAAGGCUGUGUGGCCUAACAUAUAGUAGACCAGUUUACUGAGAAAGUACACUAUUCAGGUAACUUAUGUGAAGGCAGCCUGGCUGGCUGAAUGAGGGCAGUGCCGAGUUUGGCCCCUACAAAUCAAUUAAUGCCAGGAAAGGAAUCAUGGAUGUAGGGCUAAUGUGUUCUGUAAGCUUGUAUGGGAGACAGAGACCCAUACAACAUGUGGAACAUAAGGGUUGCAUACAUAGACCGGGGGCAAUUAGCGUUGUAAGGUCUCCCAGGGUGCCAGGCCCCGGACCGGUCCCCAAGUUCCGCCUAGGCCGCCCCUGUAAGCAUCGUGGUACAGUGGGCACUCAGGGACAACAUGUGCUCCCCCCAAGAGUCCGCGCAUCAGAGCUGUUUUGGCAACACGAGGGGUACCUACACAAUAUUACGCAGGAGGUUUUAAUCUUGUGGGUGAUCAGUGUAUAGAUAUGAUGGAUCAACAACAACAUGCCAUUGUAUUGUCUAUUUGGUAAUGUACAGAAGUAACAUGUCUGUGUUUUUCUUUUUUUCAGAAAAUGAGUCUAAUGGAUCGCCUGCACCUAGUACCUUAAUUCUUGUCCUCCUGUUGGUUUUCAUCCUAGUACCUGCUUUAGUUUUGUCUGCCUUUGUAUUCAGGAGGAUUUGCAGGCGUAGAAGUAGUAAGUACUCACACGGUAGAUAACUGGUACCACUGGCUUACUGGAUGUGUAGGUGGGCAGGCUCAAGUACCCUGAGUUUGGAUAAGGCAAGAACAAGGCAGGAGCAGGGGUGUAUUAGCCGCGAGGCAAACAAGGCAUUUGCCUUGGGCGGCAUUUUUCAGGGGGCGGCAAAAAACGCCGGCCCCCAAGUGCCCAGGGCAAAUGCCUAGUUAGCCUCGCGGCUAACAGACAUGCCGAGCGGCUGGCGAGGGAGCUCUUCCUCUGAGCUGACUGCUCAGCUACCUCGCGCGCCGCAGAGUGAGGCUGGGAGCGCGAGGGAGCUGAGCAGACCGCUCAGAGGAAGAGCUCCCUCGCCAGCCGCCCGCCCGUCCACCAGCCAGCGCCGCCCAGCCCGACCGGCAGCCACUGGACCACCAGGGAGAAAGAGGAACCCCCCUCAGCACUCCCAAAGGUAAGGAGGCUGGGGGGGGGUUAAAUAAAAAUAAAAAUGUUUUUUGAUGUGAGUGUGUGUGUGUCUGACUGUGUGUGUGUGUUUGUGUCUGACUGUGUGUGUGUGUGUGUCUGAUUGUGUGUGUGUGUGUGUGUGUGUGUGUUUGUGUCUGACUGUGUGGGUGUGUUUGUGUCUGACUGUGUGUGUGACUGUGUGUGUGUCUCUGACUGUGUGUGUCUGACUGUUUAUGUGUGUAUUUAGAAGGUGGGGCGGGGGGAAGGGUUGGGUGGGGGUGGCGCGGGGGGAUGGGGGUGCCUGAGUUUUGUCCUGCCUAGGGCAGCACAAAACCAGGAUACACCACUGGGCAGGAGGGUUAUCACCAGCAGUAUAUAAGGGAACAUCUGACCAUUUUCCUGUGUGCAUUUGUUUUGCAAACUUUUAUUGCCUUAGCUAAAUAAUGCAUUCAAAUCAUACGAUCUUGUUCCUGUGGCCACAUCAUGUAGGAACAUCUGGGUUGUGAGUUUUACACCUCCUGACUUUCAAUCAGACAACAAUCCUGCUACUUCCUGGUUUGUUUAGCUCAGUGGAGAUAAGCUCAAGAGGCAGCAAUUGCCCAGAGCACCUGACUUACAAAGACUUCUCAUUGAGCUACAUUGGAAAGUAUGUGGUUAGACAGCAACAGAAAGUCUGGCCGGUGUUAGGAGAAGGUAAUUAAGCCUGCGGAGAAGAGAUCUGCAGGAAUAGAGAAAGUAUAAAUGUGAUAUUUAUUGGUCUAAAUCCUUUCAAACCAUUGUGAAUAUAAUAGAAUAUACCUUUAUAUUAAAGGGGCUCUGUAAACAGCAUAACCUCUACAGCUUGCCAAGACAGUCUGGGCAAACAUUUCAGCACCUGGAGAUCGCUUAUUUGUUAAUACAGAAUUUACGCUUUUUUUAAUUAUUUUUUUUUAAUUCUUUAUCUUACUGUGCUUGCGGAAAAAACAAAUAGCGAGCAACUGCUGUUGUGGCAUUGCAUGCCAACAUGUGUUAGGCAGAUUUUAACAGUGCACUUUUUAUAUUAUAAAGUAUAAUAGUCUCAAGUGAAAUCUCUGUGUCAGCUUUAAAAUAAUAAACAGUCUGUAUUGAGACAUAUUGACACUGCUGACAUAAGGAUUGGAAGUCAUGUGAGUACAAGCUUAGGUGGGACGUUUCCCAUAAUAUAGAUUAUACAGAGACUUUUUAAACAGGCUAAUAUUAAGGGUCAUGCUAGGUACAUAUAUUAAUUACUCAAGUGAGAAAACCAUCUUACUAGUGCUGGCUCUUAGCAGAUGUACAAGUUGGAGUUGGGACCUAAGUAUUGUUUGCAUAGACAGCAUAAUGUGAACAAACUAAAGUAAAAUUAUAUAGGCUUAAUCAAUUGGCAAUGUGAUAUCGUAGAGGCAUCUAAAACUAAAUACGUGGGCAACAGGCAUGAUGAAAAGAAACAGAACAAAUACUCAGCAGGUUCUAGGAUUAUACGUGAUGGACAGGCACUAUGCCAGAGAUAAGGUCACGGUCUUCAUUCAGAGUGAUAGACUUUUCAACAGGCUUUGGGGCACCUGAGAGCAGUAGUCGUAGUCAUAGCAUAAGCCCUGCAGGAUCCGCACGGACCAACCCUCUGCACUCCGAGCUUGUGGGAAGCCAGCUUGUGUAACUGUGUACUGCGGGAUCCAGGAUAGCUGCACUCCGCUGUUUUCAUGCCGUGUCCGGCAGGUCACUGGUGCUCCACUUGGGUCCGGUGAGGACAGGGGUAUAAUGUGCGUAGUGGAUGAGGCCUUGCUCUCGCCAUCUUGCGGUGAAGCACUUCCCUCCGCCUUUUACGGACCCAUCUUGGGGCCGGAACCCGUGCUGUGCGCUGGUGUUGUGCUUGUGGUCUCCGGUGUGAGACCUGUGACUCCUGCCGUGCAAGGUACUGUUAUCGUUGAGUCCGCUUCAGCCAGAAGUUAGCAAAGAGAUUGUCUAGCCGAGACAUAAAGGGGCACAUGGAAUCCGCCAUUUUCGGGUAGGCUCCUUCAGACUUGCCCGGCAUCUCCCUAGCUAGAUCUCGUAGGAGUAGGGCCUCCGAGGUGUGGACCGGGAUAUCCCCCACCGAUCCAAGGUGGGGGGGAACGGGGCUGCACUAUUACCCAUUGGGACUCAGCGCAACUCGGUUCCAGCGAUCGUCCGCCUCGCUAGACCAACGUGAGCAUGAGUCCUCACCCGCGCUGCCUGAGAUUACAGGAGAUUCCAGCCACGGGAGUACACCGAAGGGCCCCGGCAAGUGUCAGGGUUAGAUAAGUCUCGGCAGAAGAACGUUUGGGGGCGAUAUCAGUCGAUUAGGCGGCUCAAGGGGAAGUUCAGGCUUGGAGCUCAAGUGAAACGCGUCUAGCUGCCAUAUUGCUCAGAGCCCGCCCCCAUGCUUUUUUUUUUUUUUUUUAACAUGAUCACUGUCAACUUUGUCCAAUCCAGAUGGUGGCGACUAGUCCCACUCUCAGCCAAUCAAUGCCCUGCAGGUAAGACAAAAUUGACACUGAUCAUGCAAAAGUUUGUUAAAGUCAAUGUGGGAACAGAGCUCAGACUAAAUGUGUAAUUGUGUUUUAUACAGAUGACAGAAUAUAUGCAAACACAACAACAGAAGUUACAGGUGAGACAUGAUCUAUCGUCCUGCACAUAUACAGGAGAGACCAUGUAGCAAAAUCCUGGGAGAGCAGUCCUUUAUAUAUAUUUAAUAAUUACAGUUUAUAUUAAUAAGCAAGAAACAUCUGCUAUUGGCAGUUUUAUUAUAGGUAAUAAAGUGAAAGUUCUGUGAAGUUAAUUAGUCAAGACAAAUUAGAAGUAAUUAAUCCAAAUUAAAGUGAAGAUUGAAAUGCUGGUUAAUUGUCCAUUGUUCCGUUACCUGGAAAGAUAUUACAUUUCACAUAUUUAUUUCACAUAUAUGUAUUACACCCGUAAAGGAAAACUGUGAUCAUGUAUUACUUUAAAUGGACUGUAUGUAUUACAAUUUGUUAAUGUUCAUGUGGCAGUAACACGUUGAAACCACGCACUACGGCACAGUAAACCUGGGGGGCCCUGGAGUUGCAGUUCAGCUUUCUCCAGUAGAGAGCUGACAAAUGAACUACAAUCCUCAGACAUUUGCUGUGCUUCUCAUAUAUUUGCAGUAUCAAAUCAAAAAGAAAACCACGCAUGGUGGAGGGGCAGAAUAGGCGGGCAUAUGGAGGAAAAUCCAUUUAUUUAACAAAACAUUUAUUUAUUUUAAACAACCCAAAAUAUACCUGAUUAAUUUAACCUAUGCAUUGCACCCAAAUUGUGUAGGUGGCUGGAGUGUAAAUGUUACAACAGUAAAUGUUUUUUGUUUAGUGUCAUGUGAGCAGAGACCACACUAACUGUGUAAUUGUGAUCUACAGGUGACAGAAUAUAUGAAAAUAUGUUAACGAAAGAAGCAGGUAAGUAUACACAGUCCUGCGAGAGAACACAGAUUUGAGUCCAGUGCUGUUAAAUGGACACUACAACCUCCACGACUACGACUACUUCUGCUUUUAGACAUUGUCAUGGAGCACGCAAUCUGUAUGUGCAGUGUGUCUGCACUGCCCCAACACAGAAGUCUUAGGCAGGUCGUAACUCUGAACUGGACAGCCUGAUGUUCAUUCUGUGCAAAUAUCCACCCAUCGUUGGCAACAGACAUAAUCAGCUUCUACCCUUGCAGGCAGCGUUGUAAACAUACCUGCAAGAGGAACCUUUAUGUCCCCAGUUUCCCAGCCGUCCCCUCCAUUCUACAACUCCCUGGUCCAUUCACUCUGACCUGUAGCUCAGUCAAAUCAAAUGCUUUUCUUUGAGAAGUAUUUGAUUGGACUCCGGAAAGGGAAUGACUGAUGGGGUGUAGAAAUGCUCAUGGAGAACCUCACCCGGUGCUGGAUUCCUGAGACGUUUAUUAUUAUUUUACUUGUUUUGGCACCAUAAAAGGGGGGCAAGUGCUCAAUAGAGUGUUAUAAAUUAAAAGCAAACAAAAAGGUAGGGGUAACCCUUUAAUGACAUGAAAGCUGUUGACAGGUUUAUUUCCCCCCUGUGUGAAGAAUGAAAUGAAAUUCCAUUUUAGAUCCAGUAUUAGAUCAUCAGGUAUGUUGUCACAAGCAUUUUGUAUUUGAAUUUACCAGUUUACUGAACCCCUCCUCUCCCUCAAUUAAGAAUGAAUUUCAGGUUCUAUAUUCCAUCAUUAUUCAAAACGCUGAUAUCUUCUCUUUAAUAUGGUGCUAUAUAUUUGCAGAUUUAGAGACAGUCGGAGGGCAGGAGAUCAACUAUUCUACCAUUGUACGAGCCAACACCACAGAAAGUGAGGCUACAUGCACGUUUUAUUUUACCUUCCCCUUAGAUCAGUCGUUCCCAAGCCAGUCCUCAAGUACCCCCCUAACAGUCCAGGAUUUAGGGAUUACCCAGUUAUGUCUAAGGUGUCUUUAGAAAAAAAAAAAAACACUUUAGACACCACAGGGUAAUCCCUAAAUCCUGGACUGUUAGGGGGGUACUUGAGGACUGGGUUGGGAACCCAUGCUUUAGAUCAAUAAAGAAAAUAAAUAUGGUGCUGAGGAUAGAUAACAUGACAUCAGCUUUCCCCCCCCCCCACAUUCUCUCUCUCUAUGCUUAUCCAUAAAAGAUAUGUUUCUGGGAAACUGAUUUUAAAAAAAGAAUGAAGAAAGAAAAUAUUGAACAGUAAGAGGAAAGGGCUACAGAUUAGAGAAGAGGUAUGGAGAUCAGACAGACAGCAGGUAUAGUGGAAGCGUUCAGGAUGUAAGCAAAGGAGACAUGGGGGAGGCAGUAUAAAGGGUGGUGGAAUAAUGCUGCUUUGUCUCAGAACACUACUUCUGUAAUUAUAAGAAAGAUUUGGGGUGCUCUGUGGAGCUGUGGGUGGCACUGGUAGUUUGUAAGGGAAAUAAAGUGUGGGAACAAGUGUUGAUGUACUAUAAGUUGAGAGAGAGGAUGUCGAUGAAUAAACAGAUCUCUAAAUCACCUCUUUUCUUUUUAAACCAGAAAACACGAACAUAGAAUACACUGCUAUCCGCAGACACCAGUGACCGGUGAGCAGGGCUUAUUGUGAUAUUACCAGUUUAGAAUACAAUUGCAUUAAGAUGCACCUAUGCCAUAAUCACAAAGAAAACCCCCCCCAAAAAAAAACUUUAAGAAGGAAACUCUAAACACCAUUUCCACUUUAGCUUAAUGAAGCAGUUUUGGUGUAUAGGUCAUGCAGUUUCACUGCUCAAUUCUCCACCAUUUAGGAGUUAAAUCACUUUUGUUUCUGUCCAUGAAACCCCAGCCACAUUUCCCCUGGCUCCGACGGACACAGCCUGCAUGAAAAGAAGAAUGGUUUCGCUUUUUUAACUCCUAAACUGCAGUAAAUUGAACAGUGAACCUGUAGGGACAUAAUUCAUACACCAAAACAACUGUAACUUAAUGAAAUGGUUUUGGUGUAGAGUGUUCCUUUAAGUAUAUGAUACAGGCACACAAUCUGUUGACCAGUGCUGGCUUAAUUUGGCAAAUCCACUUUAUUCUUUUAAAUAUAUAAACCAAGGGGGUCAAGCAGGUCUCUCCCAGACGGAUGUUCGCUCAAGAUAGUAGAAACAACAGUUUUAAUACGGCCUAUGCUGGAUUUAUUUAGAUUAACUUAAAAUCUGUUUGCCAAGGGACAAACAGUGACGAUUGAAAGACUGCAGUUAAUGUCGGUGGUUUACUAAUCUAAUUAUUUUGCGGAAGAAGUUUGUAAAUUUAACUCAGAGGCCAGUUCUAAAAUCCUUCUUUAAUAUGUUUCACAGGUUUUUGGCAGCGGUAAUAUACUGUUCAAGAAAAUGGCGCACUUUGGAAACAUGCAUAGUUUCCUUUAAGGUUGUAUCGCGGUUCCGAAGCUGAAGAAGUCCGUUUUCUAGCGUGCUUUCACUCACAAGCGCUGUGAAUAAGAUGCCCAUCUCAUCGUACCUGCAGAGUGACAGGAUAAAGAAACUUUAAUAGACAUGAGGAGGUCGGAUUUGUUUCCUGUGAUAAUGUUACAAAAAAUAAAACCGCUAAACCUCAGUCCACUUUGCAAGUUGAUAAAAACCUUCUCCCAUCAGUAACAUUCUGAGAAGCAAGAAUUGGUCAUAGCUUGUUAUUGUGCAAUUCCUAGUGUAUGUGUAUACAUAAAUAUCACUAUAAUUGUUUAUCAAUACGUACACUGAAAAAAGUACUGGUGCUAACUUGCUUUGUGCAAAUACGAUUAGAUUAAAUAAAGAAUUUAAAAAAAUAAUAAAGAAAAAAAAAAGGGCAAGGUAAACUAACAUUAAAUCAAAUACAUAUGCAAAUAAAGUGAAGUAACACUUAGAAUGUCAAGCAAGUGAUAAAGCGCAACAGUACGUGAGCUGCGGGAUGCUCGAGUACAUAUGCCAAUAAGUUUAACCAGCACUUAGGAUGUCAAACAAAGCAUAGAACGGUGUACUUGAAGAAAAAUCGUUAUGAUAGCAAUACAAGAUAGAUUGGCAGUGUUAGAUUAGGUCGAAAACCACUCUAGCAUCGUAUAUCAUACCUCACAUAUCGAGGAGAAAAUGAAAGCAAAUAGGGGGACACAUGGGUAAGGCCUUUGAUGAUUCCUGCAGACCUAGAUCAUCAAUAUGUGUCAAACCUCUAAUAGCUAUUGUGUGAAUGUCAGCUUUCUCAUCAAAACUACAGAACUGUAUCAUGCUCAAAAAAUAAAAUCAGAGGUGGUUAGUGCGGCACUAGUUUUCAGAGCAUCAAAGGGGAUGUAUGGAAUAAAUUUUUGAGUAAAUCAAUGUCCAAAGAGAUACGGAACCAUUUCAAAUGUGAAGUAUGUCCCUUAGGAAUUGAGUAAUCAGGGAAAUAUCAGAAGUCAGUUUACAUCUUACAGCGCACUUGUCAGAGAUUCUCAUGGAAUUAAUAAUAGCUGGGAAUUGUGUAUGCAGGAAAGGCCGAUGAUUUUUUUGGGGGGGCCAGAUAAAAAAUAAAUAAAAAUAAAUAAAAUAAAAUCGGAAAGGUCUGGUGAAAAGAGAUCUGAAUCUAGGUCGACCCAUCUGUGAUGCCCGAUAGUGUGCCAUGCCUGCAGCGGAGCUAAUUGCAACUCAAACUGGGUAAGCCCAAUACAGUUCAGUCUAUAGAGAACUGUCUAAGCCCCCCUGUGUGUCCGGUACUGCCAGAGAAAAUCAUCAAUUAAUGUCUGAAGGGAUCAUAGGUCAGAACUAGCCACUGGAAUCGGGGGUGUCUGAAACAGACAGAGCAGUCCAGGCAUGAUGUUCACCAUGACGCUGUACACACAGCCCACUCAGGUUUAUUCCAGUUCUCUAUGUCCCUUUUUAAGGUUCUAAUUUCCAGAUAAGGAAUAGACGAGGAGGUAAAGUAUAGGUGAAAGGACUCUGACAAUUGUUUACAAUGGGACGUGAAUUGAAAGGGACGAUUAGAUCUUUUUGAGAGUUAAAUCAUUCUCUAGUGGCAGUCAUACAGGCAGCCAUUAGAGAUACUUCCGCAGCAUUGACAGAGUAAAACUUCAGUCAGAGAAGUAAAUUGCACAGAGGGAAUCCCAGCACUGGAAAUAGGUAGGUGAAAUCUUUAUUUUAUUAUUUCAUAUGGUAAACAGGUGGGAUGGACCAGUUUUUAAAAUAGGGACAGGGACACUAAAGCACUAGGAAUAAACGUUUGGAUUCCUGAUGCUGCAGUGACCCUUUAAUUUUCAAUCCGAUCUUACAGCAGAGUGUGUUUCUCUUUAGAAGUUCUUAUCUCUUGCCCCUAAUCAGCACUUCACAGUCAUCUGACCCACGCCCAGUGCCUAAAUGGAACAAAGCCACAAAAUUAGUUUUUCCAUCAGUUGAAGAGCAGUGCAGGAGCCCUGUAGAAGGUAAUGGUAAUUUCUUCUCUACAUUUUCUUUUGCAAUGAAAAAUGAAAUAUACAAUUUGUCUAUAAUACAGGCUGAUUCCUAAAGAAUUAAUUUACCUUUGGCAUGUUUCAGGCCUACCUUGUAAACAAUUUCUCCAGAGGCACAUGUGAGGUUUCCGAAUAUCCUGGCCACACGGAAAUACCAUUUUCCCGCAGCUCGCUGGCCAUUCCUUGGCAGACC